AUGUCCUUCCAGCGUCUCGUUUGUGAGAUCGCACAGGACUUCAAGACUGAUCCUCGGUUCCAUAGUUCCGCAGUCUCGGUCUUGCAGGAGGCUAGUGAGGCCUCUCUGGUCGGUUUAUUUGAGGAUACAAACCUGUGCGCCAUUUACACGAAACGUGUGACGAUCAUGCAGAAGGGCGUUCAGCAAACUCGCCCCAUUCGUGGUGAGAGGGCUUAA